AUGGAUUCUCAUUCAUAUAACAAUGAAACAACAAUUAAAAAAUGGGGCUUGAUUACAGUUAGACCUCCUGCUCAUUAAAUGAAUGGUAUAUAAAUAAAAAUAAUAUAAUAGACAGAUCAAUUGUAUCUAAUGUUCCAGAUAUGGCUGUACCUGAUAAUAAAAUAACAACAUCAAAAUAUUCAUCGAUUAUUACAUUUGUUCCAUUAAAUUUGAUAGAGUAGUUCUCAAAGUUAGCAAAUGUUUACUUUUUGGUUAUUGCUAUAAUGUAAAUGAUCUCAGCAAUAAGCAUAACAAAUGGUCAACCUGUGAUUAUGGGACCAUUAUCAAUAGUUGUUUGUAUUUCGAUGAUAAAAGAUUUUGUUGAAGAUUACUAGAGACGCUAAUCAGAUAAUGCUGAAAACAAUCGCAAAACUUAUUUAAUUCGUACAAAUGAACCUCCAAGAGAAGCUUAAUGGAGUGAAUUAAGGAUUGGAGAUUUAAUCAAAGUUUAGAAGGAUGAAUAAAUACCUGCUGAUAUAUUACUAAUGCAAACAUCAGAUAAAAAAGGGAGUGCCUUUAUUGAAACUAAAAACUUAGAUGGAGAAACUAAUCUGAAAUGUAAAAAUAUUCAAAAAAAUCUAAAAUAACUGUAAGAAUAAAGUGAAGAUUCUCUAUUGGCAUUGAGAAUGACAAUAAAAUAUGAAAGACCAAAUCCAUAUUUAUAUCAAUUUACUGGAUCUGCUGAAAUUAAUAAUUAAUAAGUUCCUCUAAGUGAAAAGAAUUUCAUAUUAAGAGGAUGUGCUUUAAGAAAUGUGAAUUUUAUAUAUGGAAUUGUUUGUUACAAUGGACAUGACUCUAAAAUUAUGCUUAAUUCAGUUAAAGCAUAACCAAAGCGUAGUCAUUUGGAAAGAACAAUGAAUUGGUUCAUUAUUGUAAUAUUUCUAUUAUAAGUAAAUAUUCAGUAUCAUUAAUUUUCAGAUGGUCAUGUGUGGAUUAGGAGGCUAUUUGAAUUCUUCAUGGUAACAAAUACAUAAUUCUUAAUUAUCAUAUUUAGAUAUCUUAAUUACAGAUCCUGAACAUAAUUUUGUUAAAAAUUUAUUUGUAAAUACUAUAUAUUUAUUUUUAGAUUAAAUGGGGUAAUUGGAUACUCAUUUUCACUAAUUUUGUACCAAUAUCAUUGCUUGUUUCUUUAGAGAUGGUCAAAUAUUUCUAAGGAAUAUUGAUAACAAUGGAUAAAGGAACAUAUUCAGCUGAAUAUGAUAUAAAGACAGCAGUCUAAUCUUCAAAUUUAAAUGAAGAACUUGGUUAAGUGGAUUAUAUAUUUUCUGAUAAAACAGGAACAUUAACAAAGAAUUAAAUGGAUUUCAAAUGUCUUACAGUUAAUAAAAAAUCAUAUGGAAAAGAAGCCACAUUAACAAAUGAAGAAGUUUCAAAAUUAGCUUAAGUUUCAAAUGUUGAUUUUAGAGAUAGAGCUUUCUUUAAUGAUUUAAGUUAAACUCCAGGUAAGGGACCACUUCAUGAGUUUUUACUUUGUUUAUCAUUAUGUCAUACAGUUGUUACAGAGAAUAAGAAUGGAUAACUUUUUUAUUAAGCAUCAUCUCCUGAUGAAUUAGCAUUAGUUAAUUUUGCAAGAUAUUGUGGUUAUACUUUUGAAGGAAUAGAUGCAUCUAAUAGUAUGGUAGUCAAUAUUAAAGGUGAUAUAAAGAAUUAUUAAUUAUUACAUGUACUUGAAUUCAACAGUACAAGAAAGAGAGUUUCUGUUAUUGUUUAAGAUUAAUCUAAUCAAAUUAUAUUAUAUACAAAGGGGGCUGAUUCAGUUAUUGAACCUUUAAUGAAACCAGUUGUUCCUUAAUUAAAAGAGAAAACCUGGAAUGAUUUAUAAGAGUUUGCAUCAAUUGGUUUAAGAACUCUUUUAUUAACAAAGAGAAUAUUACCUUUAUAAGUUUAUAAAGAAUGGGAAAAAAAUUAUCUAUAAGCAUGUUCUGCUAUAUAAAAUAGAGAUAAUUUAAUGAUGGAUUCUUAAGCAAAAAUUGAAUAAGAAUUAGAACUUAUUGGUGGAACAGCAAUUGAAGAUAAAUUACAAGAAGAAGUAGGUCCAACUAUUUAAUACUUAAAAGAUGCAGGUAUAAAAGUAUGGGUAUUGACUGGAGAUAAAAUAGAAACUGCCAUCAAUAUUGGUUUUUCUUGUUAAUUAUUAAAUGAUUCUUUAUAAUAAAUUAUAGUAGAUGGAAAUAAUGAAUAAAUUAUUAGUAAUGAAUUAGAAAAAGCUAUUUAAAAAAGUUAAAACAAUAAUAAAAAUGCAUUAAUAAUUUCUGGUAACGCUUUAAUUAUUGCUAUGAAACCAGAAUUUUCAUCAAAAGUAAUGUAAAUUGCUGAAAGAUGUGAAGCUGUAGUAGCUUGUAGAGUUUCACCAAAAUAAAAAUAAGAAAUUGUUUCUUUAGUUAGAUAAAAUAAACCUAAUGUGACUACUCUUGCUAUUGGAGAUGGUGCUAAUGAUGUUAAUAUGAUUACAGCUGCUCAUAUUGGUAUCGGAAUUAAAGGAGUUGAAGGUUAAUAAGCAGCAAGAGCUUCUGAUUAUUCUGUUGGAGAAUUCAGAAUACUAAAAAGAUUAACACUUUAUCAUGGUAGAGAGAGUUAUAGAAAAAAUUCAACUCUUGUAAAUUACAAUUUUUAUAAAAAUAUGCUUCUAGUCCUACCUUAAUAUUGGUGGGCUGUUAACAAUGGAUUUUCUGCUGUUAUGUUUUAUGACUAGUUACUCUAUCAAAGUUACAAUUUAUUUUUCACUAGUCUUCCUAUUGUAUUAUAUGCUAUUUUCGAUGAAGAAUUCUCUGGUGAUAUUCUCACUUCAAGUAAACAUAUCUUUCUAUUUUAGAUCCCAGUCUUUAUGAUAUUGGUAUUAAACAUAAACUAUUUAAUGUUAAAAUAUUCUUAUAUUGGGUUGUAAAUGGUACUAUCUAAGCUGGCAUUAUAUCAUACCUAACCUUUCAGACUUAUGAAUCCUCCUCUAUUUAUAAUGGGAUGAUGGCUGGCUUAUGGACAACAGGUGCCAUUGUGUUAGGGUAUUCAGUUUUGAAUAGCAAUAUCAAAGUAAUCAUUUCAAUUAUCCAAAUUAGAUUAUCCUAUUUAGUAACACUUAUUCUAUUGGAGUUAUUGUCGGGCUUUUCGGAUCGGUCUUCAUUUAUCUCUUUUUAUUUAUUUUAGUUUCAGAGAAAAUGCCGAAAUCUGAUAUGUCAAAUAGUCAAAGUGCUAGCUUUUCUCAUCUGAGAUUUUACUUGAUAUCACUAUUAGUUAUUGGAGCAACAUCAAUUUUCGAUUUGGCUCUAACCAAAUUAUCUUAGUGGUCUUAGUAUGCUCAGGUUGGAAUAUAACAUGAUAAAGUUUAUAUGCUAAUUUAAAAAUAGCACAUUGAAUUACAAGAUGAACAAUAAAUGCAAUAACAUUCCCCUAAUACCCAAUUUUAAAUGAAUAACUCCUCGGUUCCAAAAAGUCCCAUUAAACGAGGUUACACUGGUUUUGCUUUUUCUUAGGAAGAACAUUGA